UGUGUUAUUUGUCAUUUGUCAAUCGGUGAUAAUUUUUCGGGUAAUUUGUCCCAAUUUUACUCAACAAUAAAAUUCAAAUAUGGAUGAAUUCGCCGAUAAUUUUGUUCAACCAGAAGUAGAUCCUGCAGCAGAAUUUUUAGCUCGUGAACAAAAUCAGCUAGCUGGUCUUGAAGAUGAUCUGGAGACUAGCGCACCGCCCCCUGUCGCUACCUCAACAUCGCCAAGCGGACUUGACGAUUUCGUUGAAAUCCCAAGCUCAGCCGAUUUUGACGCCAAUGAUCUGUUAGACGAGGAACCGGCUCCAGCUGCGCAGCCUAUGACAGUCUUCAAGCAGGAAAGAGAGGAACCAGAAAAGAUCAGAUUGUGGCGAGAGGAACAGAAGAAGAGACUUCAAGAGAAAGAUGAGGAAGAGGAGAGAAAAAAACAGGAAAUGCUAAAAGUGGCUAAAAAGGAGUUAGAAGAUUGGUACAAAACACAUGAGGAACAAAUAGCUAAGACUAAGGCGGCCAAUAGGGAAUCUGCUAAGAACGCAGAGAAGGCUCUAGCUAGAGGUUCCGAGGGAGCUUGGGAGGAGGGCAAAGAGUGGGCCUUAGUGUCAGAGCUGUGUGAGUUCGGUGGUAAGCGGGCGAGGGACGUCGCACGCUUGCGCUCCAUAGUGCUACAGCUGAAGCAGCAGGGCGUGCGCCCCAAGUAUCCGCCUCGUGCUAAAGUGUCUGCUUAAGUAUCAAGAAUAAGGAUACAUCAUUGGUUAAUAAUAUGUUACUUUUAUAUGAAUUAUACAUCAGUAAAGGAUUGUUAUCCGUCUUAGUAACAUAGCAUCAGUUAAUAUAAUUUUUUAUUUAUGUGCCUAAAAAUUAAAACUUGUAUUUAAAUAUACCACGACUUAAUAGGUGUUUUAUAUUUCUUUAAAUAUUAUGUUAAAAAUUUUGGUGUUGAGAGCUAAUUAAUUUAAAGGUUAAUGUGAGGUUCAAAAAAUUUAUGAUCAUAAUAAUAAUAAUAAUAUAUGCCUGACAUAUUAUUUAGUACCUAAGCAAAUUAUUUCACUAUAGAACAGAUUCCACUCUAGUUUUGUUAUAAUAGUUUUAAUAAUACGGGCCAAGUAUAAUCAGCCUGUAAUUAGCAGAGAAAUAUUUUGUUUGUAUUACUUAUAACUGCAAGCAAGUUUAAUACUAUGAUAAAAUUAUGCCCUGUAAUUUUUAGCUUUAACUACACUUCAAGUUUCAACUGUAUAUUAUAAAUUAUAAUACAUAGUACUUUAAUAAAGAUCAUUCCAAAAUA